GAAUUUCUAACACCCGUUGCUUCUGUUUGUAAAAACUUCUGAAUCUAAAAAGAGCAAGUUUGAACUAUACAGUCUUUACCUAUGGCAGAGCAAUCAGUAAGAUACUUUCAGUAAUUGUCCACAACCACACAAGGGCCGUCUACUAUUGAACAUGACUCAUGGGGAGGAACCUGGCCCUGAGACACACCAGGAUUCUGCAGUUUUAACUUAUCUGGAAGGUUUACUGAUGCAUCCGGUUGCAGCUGGGCCUGCUGCCACAGCAACAAGGAGAUUAGAGGCCGGCAACAAUAAUGGAGAGUCAGGGAACCAUGGGACUAGAGGCGUUCAGCUACCUAAUCACGCCUCAAGUCCACCUGAUAAGGGUGGCCUUCCUCGAGCAGCCUCUCAGCACCUUAAAAAGGCAAGACUGUUACAUUCCGGUGCCUGGAAUGAAAGCGACAACCAGAAGAAGGACGUUCAUGUGGCGCAGGUGAACGGACAGGGCAGGGAGCAUCCAAAAGCAGGCGUAGACAGUUCGGCACAAGGGGAGAGUACGCUGCUGGCAUCUUUGCUUCAGUCCUUUAGUUCACGCCUACAGACAGUUGCAAUGUCACAGUGUAUCACUCCGAGCCACAAACAGCUUGAUGGGGACAGUAGUGAGGGUGCCCCUGCUGACAAGGUCACCUUACAGGGCUACUGUUCAGCCUCUAACCACCUCAAAGGCUUGAUAAGGAAAAAUAAGCAACAGAGCCACAACAAUGUGCCUUACAGUCGUCGCAGCAGCCAAGAUAGAUGCUCCGAGUCUCCUCGUUUAUCACAGGGCUCAGCAACUGACGUAUCCUGUGCAGAACGACUGAAGGCUGUGGCCAGUCUCGUGAAAAACAGGUCUAGUCCUGCACCUUCACCUAAACCUAGCGUGGCCUGCAGUCAGCUAGCAUUGCUGCUCUCCAGUGAGGCCCAUCUGCAGCAAUAUUCCAGAGAGCAGGCCUUAAAAGCACAACUAUGUGGCCGAUCAGCCAGCGAGAGAUUGGCAGCCAUAGCUACACAGCAAACUAAGGAUAAGAGACCCCCUAGUGUGGGAGAGUCUGUAGUAUCCCAAGACAUGUUAAGUCCCUUCAGUUUACGAAAUGGAACACUCCCCUCACCAUCAUUAAAUACCAGUGACAGAAGCCCUUCCCAAAGCUUGGGCCAAAGUGUAGCCACAAGCUCCCCUCAGCCGGCGCCCCACCCCGCAAAAGAGAAACGCCCCUUUGACAGGCACAGCAACCGACCUCAACAUAAUUGCAGCAGCUUGCUCCUGCUUCUCCUCAACAACCAAAACACCCAGAAGGAUUCUACAAAGAAUGGCCACCUGAAAAAUGACUGCACAGUGGCCUCCAGCCAAGCUUCAUCUCAUCAGUCAGAUAGCGAGUACUCCAACCAGGAGAACAACUUGACUAAAGACAGCAGUGACGCAGAGAGCUGCUACUCCAGCUGCUCCCCUAUUGACCUCUCAAUAAGGAGCAGAGUUUACAGCCAACAGUCAGAGGCCCCCUCUUCAGCCUUGUCUUUGGACAAGCUCACAGAGACACUUUUAAACAACUGGAAGCCUGAUACUCCUGGGCCGAAGGUCCCAGAAGUCACAGAGUUGGAAAUGAGCCCAGACUUAAAAUCCCAUCAUAAGGUCACUUUCAUGCAGUUAUUGCUGGAUCGCAGAAACAAUGAGAAGAUAAACAAAAUUGCAGAUAAUUUAGAUUCGCAGCAUGACACAUCUGUGACUGGAUGCUCCUUUAAACAAUUCGACACUGUGGAGGAGAGCAGAAUGCAAAAACCUCUCAAGCAGCUGAUGGGUGGAGGUCGGUCCACAUCCUUCCUCAGUGGAGAUCCAAGUGAGGCUCCUUCUCCUCACCCUUAUUCUUCCCCAGUUAUUCAGUCCAGUCCUCUGGAUUUGUGUAAGCCUAAACUGAAAACUAGUGAAAUGAGCAUGGAGCCCACUUUUACUGCCAGUAAGCUUUUACAAAAUCUGGCUCAGUGUGGUUUACAGAAUCAAUCCCCUUCACCAGCUUUGAAAGUUUGUAGGCCUCCGAGCAAAAGGCAAAGUCCAGAACCAGACUUUGAAAGGCAGCAAACUUUUCUCGAUAGACCUGUUGAUCCAACCAAGAGGACCCAAACGUCAACGUUUCAACCACCUACUCUCUCUCUCACACCUUUGGCAGACAAGCGAUCACCUUCAGCAUCAGCGCAAAUUGAAAACCUCUUGGAACGGCAAACUGUUUUGCAGCUUUUGCUGGGUACUGCCUCUCAGAAGGAAAAAUCAGGUGGGAGGAGAAGCACAGAAUUGGCCACAGUAGACCAUGUAGAGCCUCCAGGGGCGCCUGUUACCUGUAACAGCUCAAACGGACCUUUAUUAAACGUUAAAAUCAAAACGGAGCCAGGUGAAGAAAGCCCUCUUUUCAAAGGACUUGACGAUAGAGGAUGCGCUCGGAUAUGCAGGCGUGAGAAUUACAGUCCCCUUGCUAAAGCACAUGACAACAUUAAAGAAGAGCAGUGUCCUACGGAAGUCGUCAGUAAGUACGGCCUUCUAAGCCAGCUCUUAAAACAGAAGACAACUACCUAUCAUUCAAGUCCACGUACAGAGCCGCUUGUGAGCACAUUUAAAGAAGACCAUCAUGAUUAUCAGGUGCCGCUUCCUAAAAAGAGGAAACUUUGCUUGGAAUUAGCUGAACAUUUGAGUAAGGAACUCUGCCAGAGACCAGUGGAUACUGUGAGUGAGCGGAUGGUGUCUGGAACACCUGAGAGACAUAACAGCAGAGGGUUACUGAGCCCAAAAGAAGAGGAACCUUUUACCAGGGGUUAUGUGAGUAAACCUCCCACGAGAGACAGUCAAGGCUUUAAUGUUUUGAAGCAGCUCCUAUUGUCAGACAACUGUCUGAAAGAGCUACCCCAACCCCAGGGAAUCGCUAGUCCUAUUCUCCCUCAGGCAAGUUACAAAGCCAAUGGGAACUUCAGUCAGCCCAGUUACAAUCAAGAACUCGUGAACUUGCCAUGGUUUUCGCCAAACUCAGGGCCUGGUCAUUUUAAACCACUUUUAUCUCCACCAGGAAACAGCAACCAGGGAUUACCCUGGGCUAGGAAUUCAGCCCAGCCCAGCCCUAAAUCUGUAAAGACAGAACACAACACAACUUGGACACCUGUUAGGGAGGAUAAACGUGAACCAGCCCCUGAUUCUCCACCUCUGACAAGGUCUAAUCCUAUAUUGUACUAUAUGCUCCAGAAGAACAGUCAGCUCAGAAAGGAGAUGGAGGAUCGUGCACAGAGGACUCAUUAUGGGGUGUCAGUAAAAGUAGAGCCACGUACUGAUGAGCGAUACCUCAAGAGCCGUCUAAGUGCUGUCUCAGCGGUUCAGAGACAUGGCAGUAGUAACGAUCACAUCAGUGGCCAGUUGGAAAAGUUAUAGAUCUGCCAAAUAAUGUUUGAGAUUUUGAUUUUUAUCAAUAAGCAGACUUUGCUUCAGUAAUCAGUUUUUUGUUAAUGGUAUUUAAUGCCAA